AUGCGUUUAGGACCUAAUGUUGGGCGUGCAGGCCUGCACGCCAACUGCAGGCCAACUCCCCUGCAGCAGAUUGGCGUGCAGGCCCGCACGCCAAUCUGCGCCUGGCGUGCGGAUUGGCCUAGUGUAGCUAGAAGAGUUCUGCUCUUGGCAUCACUAAGCCUGACACAAGCAAUCCAACACAACAAACAUACUAAGGAUCAACUGCCACUGACGCCAGAUUCGUGGGCACUUCUAGAUUCAGCAGAUUGGAGAGGUCGACAUCAAGGUGGGGUAGAUAAGCUUAAGGAACGUUUUGAAGGUCCAUAUCGGGUCUUACGGGUAAGCAACCAUGGACAAGACGUGGAGCUUGAACUUCCAGAAGGUGACUGUCGACACCCAACCUUUCACAUUUCAAAACUGAAAGCAUACCACAUUCCAGAGGAUGGUGAACAUAUGGAAGCACAGAAGUAA